CAUACUUUCAGAUACCUUACAUUGAAAUAUACUGGUAGCAAUAAUUGUUUAUGAUAUAUUCGAACUAACGGUAAGUUUCUGCUUUCGUUUUUUUCUUUUUUGCUUAUUUUAAAGGGGCAAGGCAGUGCCCAGGAGGCUUUUCGCUUUUGUAACUCGAGACCAAGACCUGGCUGCUCGAACUUUGAAUUGAACUUAAGUGUGCCUGUGGCUGCGUCUGAAGCCUGCAGCUGAGCCCCAUCACGGUGGUCCGCCAUGGCGUCUCGGCUGCGGCCAGGCUCACAGAAGAAACAGAUAAAGGAGAAGAUUGUCCAGAUCUAUGAGUCAUUCUUCAAGGGUGAGGAUGUCGCAGCGGGGAACGCCAAUUUCUGGGACGAGCUGUUUCUGCUGCGGCCACGCGUCUCAGUGCUCGAGUCCGAGCUGACGCGCCUCUCCUCCGAGCAGCUGAGCGCGCUCAAGGUGCCGCUGAACCAGCUGUUCGCGCGCUGCGUGGACGUGGUGCGCGAGGAGCACCUGCUACGCGCGGCGCACGCGCUGCAGACCCUCUCUGGGCUGGUGGCGGGCGUGUGCCGCCAGCCGCGGCCCGGCCCCCAGACGGACGCCGUCGACCUGCUGGUGGGGCUGGACGCCGCCGAGCGCGAGAUGGGCCGGCUGUGCGGCCGGUGCGCCGAGCUGUUGGCCGGCCUCUACCCGGAGACGCUGCGCUCGCUGGUGCUGGACGCGCUGCUGGCCGUGGCCGCCGCCUCGGAGGACAUCAACCGCAAUGGCCUGCUCGAGUACCUGAUGAUCAACAGCUCGCUGUUCGAGCCGGUGAUCCAGCUGCUGUCGCACGGCGCCACCCGCUCCGUGCACGGCCACAAGUGCGUGCUACUGCUGACGCUGCUGGUCAACUACCGCAAGAGCGAGCCGGCCAACCCGUACGUGGUGAAGCUGUCCAUCCUGGACGACGAGCUGGCGCUGAACGGCUACAGCCAGGUGAUCACGGCUGCGCUGAGCGAGUUCAACUGGAAGUACGCGGCGCAGACGUGCGACUCCCAGUCGCAGGGCUGGCUCUCCAGCCUCACCAGCAUGGUGGGAAACAUGUUCGUGGCCGACGAGCUGGCCACCCGCUCCGAGAGCAUCAAGGCCAACCACGGCGUGCUGGUGGCUCUGUACGAGGCCGUCCACCUGAACCGCAACUUCAUCGCUACGCUGACGCAGGCGUCGACGGACGCCAGCAGCCAGCCGCCGUCGCCGCAGAGCACGCUGGACCGCGAGCAGGCGCCGGCGCCGCCGGCGGCCGGCCAGCCGGACCCGCUCGGCGCGCCCGUCAACCUGCUGGUGGCCUUCCUGCAGUACUGCUCCAUCGUCAUGCAGGACACAAAAUCGGACGCGGCCACCAACAACGUGCGCCAGUGCUUCAUCGUGCUGACGUGCGUGUCCGAGGACCAGUAUUGCAACUCGCUGAUGCACGACCCGAACCUGGUGUUCGUGGUGCGGCUGCACCGGCUGCCGAUGCGCCACCGCAAGGCCACCGACCGGCCGGCGCACCCGCAGCCGCUGGCCACCGCGCUGCUCGACCUCACCGUCGAGUUCAUCAUGUCCCACCUGAUGAAGCGCUUCCCGCUGGACCUGUAUCUGCAGUGCGUCGGUAUCGUGCACCGCGUGCUCUGCUACCAGAAACGGUGCCGCGUGCGGCUCGGCUACCACUGGCGCGAGCUCUGGUCGGCGCUGAUGUCGCUGCUCAAGUUCAUCGUCUCCAACGAGAACGCCGUGGUGAAGCGCAACAACAUCUUCGAGCUGGCCAUCCUGGUGGUGAACAUCUUCAACCUGUUCAUCACGUACGGCGACACGUUCCUGCCGACGCCGACCAGCUACGACGAGCUCUACUACGAGCUGAUCCGUAUGCACCAGGUGUUCUCCAACCUGUACUCGAUGUCGCUGCGCUACUCGAACGAGGGCGAGCACCGCGAGGCGGCCAUGCGGCUCACCAACAACCUGGUCAACAUCCGCGCCAUCUGCAACCACUUCUCGCCCAAGAUCGAGGCGUGGUCGCAGGCCAACAACCAGACCAGCCUGACCGAGGACCAGGUGCUGGACGUGGUGCGCAGCAACUACGAGUCGCUGACGCUCAAACUGCAGGAGAGCCUCGACCAGUACGAGCGCUACGCAGAGAGCCCCCGGUACUCGAGCUUCUUCACGGCGGUGGUGCGCAGCGUCAUCCGGGACACGUGGAGCGGACUCAACUUUGACCAGGUGGACCACGCCAGCCUGCUGAACCAGACGUCGGCCAUCUCGUGAGCGCCACGCCGCGCUGCCAGGGGGCUCCCAGGUCUCACCGACACACGCCGUGCCUGCCGCGUCACACUCCCGGGCCGCCCUGUAAAGGCGGCUCCCUCCUAGAGUGGUGGCUUGUGGCCUACUCAAGUGCGUGGCUUAUUCGCCGCAGACGGGACGGUUCCGAGCGGACGCACGGGGGCCGGCCGUGCCGACCUGGGUCACGGUGGCCCGCCGGGCCGGGUCACGGUGGCCCGCCGGCCGGCCCAGACGGAGCCGGCCGAUCUGCUGUGAAGUCCGCUCAGCGUAGAGCGGCCGCCGUGCUGUGCUGUGGCGGCGGCCCGUCGCCCACCGGCCGCGGUGGUGCUGCCGGGACGGGUGGCGACGGUCCGCCGACUGGCAGCGUUUGCAGUGCUGCUGUCGUGCUGAUUCUGCGCUCCGGCGUGGUGCUUGGGUCUGUUUUCUUUGCAUUUGUCUAUUUGUUUUCAAUUUUGGCCAGUGUCGCCAGUUUUAUGGUGAGGCGGGACCAGGCGAGACCCGUUGAACUAGCCCAAGACAAGCCGAACACGUUUCGUUUUCCUGUGCAUUGUGUUGUUCUGAGCUCGUCAGAAAUGAGUGCUAAUUUGAAGUGAAUCACAAAUGUCCCGCGCGCCGGUUUCACUGGUGCAUUGCUGUGCCUGUUUGUUGUCCAUGAAUAUGAAUGAUGGUGAUUUUGUAUUGCUCCAAUCGUGCAAUUUUAGUUUUAUCCUCCCCGGUGUGUAGUGAUAGAAUAUCCGCUACUACCAAUCUUCGGUGAUUCUUGUAAACGGUCAGAAAUAUCAGCGUGAUAUUCGCACGAUCAAACAGUCGUUAGGCUAUUGAUAACACUGCGAGUUGAGCAACGAGGCGCCGUGUGUGCGAUGCCGGUGGCAUUUACGGGCAUUGUAUAUGUGCUUUGCGUUCCGGGUGCAGCGUUAUAGCGAUCCUGGCGGAGACGUCCGUUCUGACAAUAUAUGUACUUGCUUGUG